CGAACACACAUCAAAUAGGAAAAGUCACUUGGAAACACACAUUAUUUCACGCCACUCACAGACAUCGAAUACAAGGCAUAAUUGUAACAAAUGUUCACGAAGUUAUACUUGGCUAAGUGCUUUAAAUCGACAUAAGCGUUCGCAACAUGGGGCAGAAAAACUGCAGUUUAUGUGCAAUCUUUGCGGAUAUAAAACAAAUAGAAAAUGUAGCUUGUCAAAACACAUUACGUCACGUCAUCGAAAAUAAUAGAGACGUGCACCAAUCCUUAAGCUUUAGGAGAUUUCUAAUAUUGAUAAACAGAAUGCAAAAAGUGAAUCGAAGAAAUUAUCAGAAAGACCAGAUGUUGGGCCAUAUUCUUGUACUGAAAUUUGUUUUGAAAAUUAUUCUUAUGCCAAUACUUCAACUAAAAUUGAAUACGACAUUGACGAAUCUUUGGAAAUUAAGGAAGAAACUAUAGAAGAUCAGAGUGCUUGCUCAAAUGAAGUUGUACGCCUAAAAUGCAAUACAAAAUUCGAGGCAGAAGAGUGUACUUUAUAUCUGAGAGAAGCUACUAUUUCGGCUGAUAAUAAAAAGAUGCGGAACAGAAGGAAGCGGAUAAUUCAGAAAUCAUACCAGGAAUCUGAAAAAAGUACAAGUGCGGAAAGUGUGCCCACAGCUAUGUAUCAAAAGCUAAUUUGUAUCGCCAUACAAGAUUCGAAUGCAACGUCGAGCCACGGUUCAAUUGUGAAUUCUGCGACAGAAGAUUUACUCAGAAAACUAGCUUGAAGUCCCAUGUAGAUCGCUUGCAUCACAAAACAAACAUAAAGACGUCAGUUAUUAAGCAUAAAUGCGACCAAUGUUCGCGAAGUUACAAUUGGUCAAGUGAUUUACAGCGACAUAAACGUUUAGAACAUGCACCAGUCAAACCACAAUUUACUUGCGAUUUUUGUGGACGUAAAGUUAAUCAAAAACAAGGCUUGAUCCACAGAAAUCCAGGAAUGUGUCCAAUAAAUUUACAGAAAGGCCAGAAAGUCGCCUUUAUUCUUGUAAAAUUACUAACAUUUCCUCUGAAGAUAAUUCUGGUCCCAAGACUUUAGUUGAAUACGAUAUUGACGAAACAUUGGAAAUUAAGGAUCAAAUCUUCAAUGCUCCACAAAAUGCCAAGAGUACAUCAAAGAAAUUAACAGAAAGACCAGAUGUUGUGCCAUUUUCUUAUAUUGACAUUUGUUUUGAAAAUAAUUCUUAUGCCAAGACUUCAACUAAAAUUGAAUACGAUAUGGACAAAUCUGUGGAUAUCAAAGAAGAAAUUAUAGAAGAUGAGGCAACCUGCUCGAAGGAUAUUUUGACUGUUAAAGAACAAAUGCAGACCAGAGGAAAGCGAAAAAUUCGCAAAUCUAAUCAGGAAUCCGAAAAGAAGUACAAAUGUGGAAAGUGUGCUCACAGCUAUGUAUCGAAAGCAAAUUUAUAUCGUCAUACAAGAUUCGAAUGCAACGUCGAGCCACAGUUCAGUUGUGAAUUCUGCGGCAGAAGAUUUACCCAGAAAACUAGCUUGAAGGUCCAUCUAGAUCGCUUGCAUCAGAUAAAAAUGACAGAGACGUCGGUAAUUAAGUAUCAAUGCGAUCAAUGUUCGCGAAGUUACAGUUGGCCCAGUGCUUUGAAUCAACAUAAACGUUUAGAACAUGCACCAGUCAAACCACAAUUUAUUUGCGAUUAUUGUGGGCAUAUAGUUAAUCAAAAGCAAAACUUGGCAAGCCAUAUUAUUGCCCGCCAUAUAAAAUAAUAAUAACAUACAAGAAACAUUAUGCGUAGGAAAGUUUGUAAAAUUGCUUGAAAAAACUAUCGUUUGUAUAAUACUCGGUUUUACUUCUAGCCAAGGUUUCGAAAAAUUGAAUUUACUCUUCUACAAUAUCGACUUAGGUAGCUUUUUUAAAUAGAAAAUGUAUCAUUAUACGCUUGGCUAAUUGGGAAAAUUAGCCAAGAAGUGGUAUCGGUUGAUUCAGAGCUUCCUGCUGAUUUGCCAGAAAUUGUUAAUACUAAAUCGUAAACCAAUGGUAUUUUAUUCUGAGUUAAUUUAAAAAGCAGUUUUCUGCAAUUAAGAUACUUUCUUUUAAUUGAAUAGUAAUUUCGUGUUUAAUGCAUGACGCUUUUUAGAUUGGCCUCUUUUUUAAUCCUGUAAUAAAUAAUACGGUAGUACAUCUAGAAAUAAAAUUACAAGGAAAGACCAUACUAAGUGUACAUGAGAUAAAUGUAUUUUGAACUGAUGUAUUCAUGACAUUAUUUUAAUCUUAAUAUCUAUAAC